AUGUUUCCAGUCACCUACAUCAGCAAGAAGCUAACUGAAAGGGAGAAACGUUUCUCAACGACUCAAAGAGAAUGUUUGGCGAUCGUCUGGAGUGUGAAGAAGUUAAGAACAUUUUUGUAUGAAAGAGAAUUUGUCGUUCAAACAGAUCACCAGCCUCUAACAUACCUCAAGCAAGCAAGAUUUCUAAACGAUCGAAGAAGGGAGUUGUGUGACGUAGAGACAUGUGACAUAUACGUCGAUGAUUGUGAUUGGUCAUUGGACCGCGGUAGCGAGUGGAAGUUGAUUAAGAUUGCGUUUACAAUAUACGGCACGGUCAACGGUUGGGCAGUCUACGCGUCCUCUCUCGUAAGGUUUUUGGUUCUACGCUGUAGUUUUGUCAACUUAAAGAAGAAGAAGGCUCGUAAUGGCAUCCAUACGGUCUUCGCUCAACGGUCGAGUGCGCCGGAAGUUCUCGGCAAGUUGCAAGAGACGAAUGGAGCUAGUCAUGUUGUACCGUCACUUCUGACUACGAGGAAAGGAAUACCGGAAGUGAAGGGUUACUCAAGAAUGCACGUCGAUCUAAAGGUUUACAGUUUCCUGCAAGUUUACAAUUUCCAAAAGAUUCCCUUCGUAGAGACAAUCGCCUAUAAAUGCAGCAGACGUGUUGCAAGCGUUUCAGAACGACUAGAGUCAACUGAAUUGUUCGUAUACGUUAAAGAUACAGAAUUCUAUCCAGAGAAAAUGCAAGCAACUGCAAUUGUGCUGUCGAUUCUAUAUCUGCUCGUCACACCAAUCAAGUCUACUGCAAACUCUUGUAUUACUUCUGACAAUCAACACAAUACCGUUCUAUUAACGAUAUCUCCCAUCUCUCGUCUUAUCACACCAGCUCAGCCAGGAAGCACAUCUUACUCCAAUUACUGUGGAGAGAGUCGCAGUCUUCGCAAGAGAAGUGACGAAGUUGGUGUCGUCCGAGUCAAUGAUUGCUAUGAAGGAAUAUAUCCGAGCAUGUGCGAUUACAAUCCCAACAGAAUUCCAUCCGAAAUCCUGAUGGCCGACUGCGGAAAAUGUGGAUCAAACGACAAUCGAAGUCGUAGACUAGCGAGAUGUAUUAAGUACAUUAACGGAAAUGCAGUGCGCGGACAUUGGCAGCCAAUCGCGAUGAAUAUAUCUCUACCAUUCAAAACAUCGAUGACUAGUAGUAAUGAAUAUCAACUCAUGACUCAGCAGAUCUCUUAUGCUUGUGAUUGCAAGACCACAGAAUAAUCGAAACUGUGUAACUCAUGUAUUAUAACUUGCUACUAUAUUAUAUAUUGAGUCUGUAUAGGCAUGGAUGCACGCUGAACACAUUGUUCAAUAAUUGCCAUACCAUACUAUAGUAUGGUAUAUGACGACAACAUUAAAUGUUUGUAAAUGUUUUGUUUUAUGAACCUAUAACAUUGCUGCAUUAACUUGCAAGAAAAACAUGUUUAAUUAAUUAAUGAAUAGAGAAGGACUGU